AUGAGUGACCCAUAUAAAGUACUCGAAUUACCAAAUACAGCGACGGAAAAAGAUAUUAGAAAGCAAUACCUGAGAUUAGCUAGGAUCUACCACCCGGAUAAGGUUGAAGAUCCUCAGAAAGCUCAAGCAGAGGAGAAAUUUAGAGAGAUUAGUGUGGCGUAUGAGACACUCACACAGCCAGCUGAUUCAACUUCUAGAGCUGGUUACUCUAGGUCUUCUGCUUACUCAGAUCCAUUCAGUUUGUUCGAUGAACUCGUAUCGCAAAUGAGAUCAUCGACUGCAUUCUUUAAUGACCCAUUUUUCAACGACCCAUUCUUCAAUAGACAACCUUCGAUGCAUAGAUCUGAUCCAUUUGCAGGAUUCAUGGGCGGCGACAUGAUGGGUUUCCCUUCGAUGAUGGGAGGUAUGGGUGGUCUUUCUAGUAUGGGUGGAUUCUCUGGUAUGUCCAGCAUGUCUAGCAUGUCUGGUAUGCCUGCUAUGACCUCGGGUAGAUCAAUCUCCACGUCGAUCGUCAACGGUAGAAAAGAAGUCAAGGAAACGACAAGAAACCCAGAUGGAUCUACGCACAUCAAGAUCACAACGCCUGAGGGUGUACAUGAGAGUACACAGCAGGCCCAAUUACCUCAGGCAAACCAUCAUUCGAGAUCAAACUACCAUGCAUUACCAAGCAGCUAUAACAGGUUCUGGUAAUAGACUAAUUGUACAAGUUUAUUGAUAUAUCACUGAAUUAUUCUUCAUUUU